UGUGACUGUUUUUUUGGGUUGCUCGAGAAAGGUAAUAUGUGGUAGUAUGGAUCAUCCAGCCACUACCAACAACAUGGGAAAAGUUCACGGAUCGCUCGCUCGUGCAGGAAAGGUAAAAUCUCAAACCCCCAAGGUUGAGAAGCAAGAAAAGCCCAAGCAACCCAAGGGCCGUGCUUACAAGCGUCUUCUUUACGUUCGCCGCUUCGUUAAUGUUACCAACAUGGCUGGUGGCAAGAGAAGAAUGAACCCUUCUUCUUAAGCGGAGAACCAAACUUAGGGCUUAGUUACUAAGAUUCCUUUGCAUAUUUUACGAAAUGAGUUGAAUAAAAGUAUCUGCUCACCGUUUUUUAGAUUUUCUUUGUGUAGCUUAUUUUGGGUAUCUUCAACGAUGUAGCCGGUAGAUAAA